AUGAAUGGCCCCAUGAACAGAGCAGUGUGCUCCCCAGCUGGAGCCCGGGUGGAAAGGCAGACACCUCAGUCAGUUAGCCAAGUUUCUCCAGAGAUCUCUGAGAGCCAGUCACCCUGUCCCGGCUGGUUUGCUCCGGGCGUGCUAGAGGUCAGCGGCCUCGGCCGAGGACUUGGUGCCUGGGUCUCGCGCAGCUCCCGGGGCUCUCAGGCGACAGGGCGUUUCCUCCUUUUCCGGCCUCGGAAAAGGCCAAGUUUCCCCCAUUCCAGCUUGCACCGACUUGGGAACCUUCGAGAUACUCGAAAGCUCAGGAAGCGAGUCUUGCGAGAAGGAAGAGAGAGGGCAGCCUGGCUGUGGGUUCCACUGUUCCUGGCCGGCCCCUCUCUUCGCUCCGUCCCUGAGCCAGUACCCAUCGCACCGCGAAGGGUGCGAACAGUCUCCCGGGUGACUGCUCCGCCGCGGCGGCGAAAGGCGGGGGCGCCGUGGGGGCCGGCCAGUGUUUACGGAGCGGCGGGAGGGCGCGGACGCGAAACCCAGCGCGGCGGCGGCACGAUGGUCAUGGCGCAUUUCGUUGAGAAUUUUUGGGGGGAAAAAAAUAGUGGCUUUGAUGUCCUUUACCAUAAUAUGAAAUAUGGACAGAUAUCGACAAAAGAACUAGCAGAUUUUGUAAGAGAAAGAGCUACAAUAGAAGAGGCGUACUCCAGGUCAAUGACAAAACUAGCAAAAUCUGCAAGCAAUUAUUCACAACUUGGAACAUAUGCACCAGUGUGGGAUGUGUUCAAAACAUCUACAGAGAAAUUAGCAAAUUGUCACUUGGAUCUUGUUAGAAAAUUACAAGAAUUAAUAAAAGAAGUUCAGAAGUAUGGAGAAGAACAAGUAAAAUCGCAUAAAAAGACUAAAGAAGAAGUUGCAGGAACUCUGGAAGCUGUUCAAACCAUUCAGAGCAUAACUCAGUCCCUCCAGAAAUCCAAGGAAAAUUACAAUGCCAAAUGUGUAGAACAGGAACGUUUGAAAAAGGAAGGAGCUACACAAAGAGAAAUAGAAAAGGCAGCUGUUAAAUCUAAGAAAGCUACGGAUACCUAUAAACUCUAUGUGGAAAAAUAUGCAUUAGCAAAAGCUGAUUUUGAACAGAAAAUGACAGAAACAGCUCAGAAAUUUCAAGAUAUUGAAGAAACUCAUCUCAUUCAUAUAAAAGAAAUUAUAGGAUCCUUGUCAAAUGCUAUAAAGGAAAUUCAUUUACAAAUAGGCCAGGUCCAUGAAGAAUUUAUAAAUAACAUGGCUAACACUACAGUUGAAAGCUUGAUACAAAAAUUUGCUGAGUCAAAAGGCACUGGGAAGGAAAGACCUGGCCUUAUUGAAUUUGAAGAAUGUGACCCUGCUAGUGCAGUUGAAGGUAUAAAACCAAGGAAAAGAAAGACUUUCGGUUUACCAGGAAUAAUUAAAAAGGAAAAGGAUGCAGAGUCUGUGGAAUGCCCUGAUGCAGAUUCACUUAACAUUCCUGAUGUGGAUGAAGAAGGCUAUAGUAUAAAACCAGAAGCAAAUCAGAAUGAUACCAAAGAGAACCAUUUCUACUCAUCUAGUGAUUCUGAUUCUGAAGAUGAAGAACCAAAGAAGUAUCGGAUAGAAAUCAAACCUAUGCAUCCGAAUAACUCACAUCACACAAUGGCUUCCUUGGAUGAAUUAAAAGUAUCUAUAGGAAAUAUAACGCUCUCCCCAGCAAUAUCUAGACACAGCCCAGUGCAGAUGAAUCGGAAUUCAUCUAGUGAAGAGUUAACGAAAUCAAAGUCAUCUGCUGCAUCCAAUGAGAAAGGGACCAGUGAUUUACUUGCUUGGGACCCCCUGUUUGGACCGUCUCUUGAUUCAUCUUCUUCAACUUCACUAACUUCAUCAUCAUCAUCAGCCAGGCCCACAACUCCUCUUUCUGUAGGCACCAUUGUCCCACCUCCAAGGCCUGCUUCCAGACCAAAGCUUACUUCAGGAAAACUCAGUGGGAUUAAUGAAAUACCCAGGCCAUUCAGCCCACCUGUAACUUCCAAUACCAGCCCACCUCCUGCCGCUCCGUUAGCCCGGGCAGAAAGUUCUUCCUCUAUCUCAUCUUCUGCGUCACUAAGUGCUGCCAAUACUCCAGUAGGUGUGUCACGAGGUCCCAGUCCUGUCAGCCUUGGAAAUCAGGACACCUUACCUGUGGCAGUCGCCCUUACGGAAUCUGUUAAUGCCUACUUUAAAGGGGCAGAUCCCACCAAGUGUAUUGUGAAGAUCACUGGUGACAUGACAAUAUCAUUUCCAAGCGGAGUUAUUAAAGUCUUCACUAGUAAUCCAUCCCCAGCUGUGCUCUGCUUCAGGGUGAAAAAUAUCAACAGACUAGAACAAAUUCUUCCAAAUGCACAACUUGUGUUCAGUGAUCCAUCACAAUGUGAUUCUAACACAAAAGAUUUUUGGAUGAACAUGCAAGCUCUUACUAUCUACCUCAAGAAGCUAUCAGAGCAAAAUCCAGCUGCUUCUUAUUAUAAUGUAGAUGUAUUAAAGUAUCAGGUAUCAUCAAAUGGUAUUCAGUCCACUCCUCUAAAUCUUGCAACAUAUUGGAAAUGUAGUGCUGGCACCACAGAUGUUAGAGUGGAUUAUAAGUACAACCCAGAAGCUAUGGUGGCACCAAGUGUGCUUUCCAACGUACAGGUGGUGGUACCAGUGGAUGGAGGAGUCACAAACAUGCAGUCCCUUCCCCCUGCAAUAUGGAAUGCAGAACAGAUGAAAGCCUUUUGGAAACUCUCUGGUAUUUCAGAAAAAUCAGAAAAUAGAGGUUCUGGGUCCCUCAGAGCAAAAUUUGAUCUUUCAGAAGGACCCAGUAAACCCACAACACUUGCAGUGCAAUUCCUCAGCGAGGGAAGUACCCUCUCAGGAGUAGAUAUUGAACUUGUAGGCACUGGCUAUAGGCUUUCCUUAGUAAAGAAGCGGUUUGCCACUGGACGAUACUUGGCAGAUUGUUGAUGGACCUGGGAAAGUGGUUGGCUCAAGGGAGUAGUACAAACCUGCCAUUCUGCAUUAUCUGUUCUUUCCAAACACUAUUGUAACUUGUAUUAUGUCUUUAAGAGCUGACUACAAACAUUAAAUUGCACUUUUGAAGUGAGUCAUCGAAAGAAAUAGCACUGAAAUGAUUUUCAACGCUGUAAAUGAUCAACUGCAAUAUUCAGGAAACACACUUAUUCAGAUUCUCAGUAAAAUGAAGUUUUUAUAGGCUGAAAUUUUAAAUUAUCUUCAGUGUCUGUGGUUAUAGUGUAAUAUCAGGCCUGAAAUUUCAGGAGAGCAAGCACAAAAUAAUUUAGCUUUCCACAAGUUUUUAGAGUCAGAGAUAAUUUUGAAAUUUUAUAAGUUUUGAUAUUGAAUGGAUACAGACAGAACGUGAAUUCUAAGUUUUGGAUAAUGUUCAUUUAUAACACUCAAUCAAAUUGAGUUUUGUGCCAUAAAGUAAUCAGACCAGAGUCCAAGGUGUUUGCAAAAUCUAUAAUUUGAUUCUCAUAUAAACAUAUUAAUAAAGUGUAAAUGGUGUUUUAUAUGAUUUUUUUUAAUCCUCAAGUGCAAUGUGUUUUAAAAUAAGCUUGCAAAAGACAGAGAAAUUUACUUCUGCAGUUAACUUUAUAGAAGUUGUGAUUGUUUUGAUGAAUUAAUGCUGUAGAUUUAAUUUAUUUUUAUAUGGAUUGCAUAAUGUGUGCCUUGUAAAACAAUAACAAAACCCGGAAAUGUGCCUAUCUAGUUUGUGUUCAUUAAUGUGCCUCACUUUUUUCCUAACAGUCUGGAUCUUCUAUUCAGAAUCUUAGAGUAGUCAAGGAUUUUUACAAGAUAAUUGCAAUUUUCAUAAAUACCUUUGGCCGCAAUUGGGAAGGGAGUUCAGAAUAACUAAAGGACAAUUUAUACUUAAGAACCCUGGCUCGCUUCUUUAGUGAUACACUGUAGCCACUAGAGAAAUAACUAAUGGCAUAUGUUUACAGGGGAAAAAAUUACCUUCAGAUAUUCCACCUUAACCUCAUCAGAAAGUUCUGCAAAACUGUAAUGAUAAAUUGGUAACUGGUAUUUUAACUCUCAAUUUAACAUUUCCCUUCACUCUAUUAUUGGAAAUCUGUACAUUUAUUUCCUGAAUGUGUUGUGAGCAUGAAUUUUGUAGUAGUUUGUGAGGAACACACUUUAGAAAAGAUUAGUUUUGACAUUUUCAACAAUUGGAAAAAUUACCAAUUUGUAUGUUCUUGUUCUUACUUAAUUGCCACCUGCUAAAAAUAGGGAAAUUAUUUGAAAUGAUGGAUUGGGUUAAGCAUUUCUUAAUAUUACUAAUAUUAAAUAGUAAAAAUCCUAACUUUACAGCAAAUCCUGAUUAAUUGAAGGAAUUAAAUAUUUUGGACACAGUUUCAUAAUUUACAAAUGGGAAAUUUAUUUGUAAGUACCAGUGUCCUGCAUUUUGCAUAGAAGUAAUAAAAUGUGUUAUAUAUGAUAAUUUAUAUAAAACCACUAAUUGUUCUGUUAAGCUUUCCAGAAAAUAAAACCCCUCCUACUAGACAUUUAUAUAACAUCUUGCUAUAUUAAAUACAGCAGAAAAUCUACUCACUAGUAAUAUAUAUAACACAAUAUGUGCUUUUUAAUAUAUCCAUGUUAGCCCAAUUCUAAAUUUAGAUUUGACUAAAGCAAUACAUAAGAAAAUUCGCUAAAAUUUUCAUCUUUACUAAAUAGUGGACAAAAUUAGAAUUUCUAACUUAUAUUGUACUCUUUUAAAUGCCAAUUACAGUCCCUUACUGGAAUCUUAACUGUAACUGCUUUGCAGUCAAACUGCUUUUAUUGGGCAGUUAAUAUUUUAUUGUUGGAAUUCAGACACCAUUAUACUCACCAUGUCUGUUUAUAAUCAAGUAUUACCUUACAAUGUACAAACUAGUGAAAUGGUUAAACUUCUGCACUUUCCUGAUUACCACAGUCUUCAUAUCAAGUGCUGAUACAUAAAUUUGUAUUGGGUGCAGGUUACAAUUCUGAAGCCAUAUAGGUUUAUAUUGAUUUUUUCAUUAAAAAUCCACUAAUGGUGUAAAAAAGACCAAUAGAUUUUCAAUCGGAAAUGUAUUUAGCAAGCUGGUUCUUGCUUAUGUAUAGUGAUAAACUUUGUAGCUGCCUCUUUAACCAAGAACUUGUAAACACAGAACUCUAACAAAUGUGAGUUUUUAAGAAUUGUUAUUUACUACUUUGAGUUGUAAUUAGAACAAUGCAAAUCUUACAAAAUUUUGUAAAUAUUUUUGAUUUUUUCAUAAAAAUGUAAAUUUUACAUAAAA